CGUGACGUCAUCUAAACGUAGAUACAAGAAAUAACUGGAGACAGAGGAAAUUAAAUAUAAUUUCUGUCGUGCAGAUUUUCCAGGGGUCGAAAAUGCCAAACAUCAAGUUACAGAGUUCUGAUGGGGAGGUGUUUGAGGUGGAAGUAGAAGUUGCCAGACAAUCAGUUAUCAUCAAAACAAUGCUUGAAGACCUUGGUAUGGAUGAGGAGGACGAUGAUGCCAUCCCUCUACCAAAUGUCAACGCCACCAUCCUCAAGAAAGUGCUGCAGUGGUGCCACUACCACAAGGACGACCCCCCUCCACCAGAAGACGAUGAGAACAGGGAGAAGAGGACCGAUGAUAUCUGUGCCCAUGACCAGGAUUUCCUCAAAGUCGACCAGGGGACCCUCUUUGAGCUUAUUCUAGCUGCUAAUUACCUUGACAUCAAAGGCCUACUUGAUGGUACAUGCAAGACAGUAGCAAACAUGAUCAAGGGUAAGACAUCAGAAGAGAUCAGGAAGACUUUCAAUAUCAAGAAUGAUUUCACGCCUGCAGAAGAAGAGCAAGUGAGAAAAGAAAAUAGCUGGUGUGAAGAGAAAUAAAGCCACUUGUACUCGAGCACCACCUCGUUUUAUAUUUUAUGCAGACUAUGUUAAUUGCACGAUAUUUGUAAGUAUGUAUGUAGGUCCCUGUUCUCUCCUUGUGGCCAGUUCUAUUCAUUAUAUAUAUAUAUGUAUAUCCAGCAUGUACACUUUAAGCAGAGGAUUGGCUAGUUGUAUACUUGACUUACUUUUAAGUACAUGUACAUACAUGUACAUGUACAAUUGAAAGACUGUGUCAUUUGCUGCAAUCGCUCUCCUUUCUGAAUAUGUUGUGUUUGCGAUGGUUAGGGAUGGGUGUGAGGCCGGGAUUUCUGGCUCGGAGAGCUUCGAGUCAUUGGGACGUUUGAAAAAAAACUUUUCCUGUUGAUUUUGUACAUGCGACUCGGGCCGAGGCCAAGGCCAGCAAAUGAGGCUCAAGGCCGGCCUUUGAUCCAUCCUUGAUCUCAUAAUGAUACUCAAUGAAAUCAUCAAUUAUUAACAAUCAAUACUAUGAUCAAUUUCCAUUCUUGUGUAAUACUGGCCCAGAACACCCAUAACAUUUCCCAUGGGAAUACAUUCCAGUGUCAAUGUUUCAAAUAAAAAAAAUAUAAAAAUACAGAUUUGGAAAUUUUAACUUAUUUGGAUACCGAUUGUAUCAGGAUUACAAAAGUAAAUGGGCCUUUUACUUUUAAUUAGAAUGCUUUGGUCAGUAGCAACCCCAAAAGGAGAUGAGCAAGGAAAGAAAUGCAAUAUUUGAUGGAUCUUUGUUCUCUAUUCACAUACUUCAUUUCAAAAGUUUUUGUGUCUAUAAUGUGUUACGAUAAAAGAAUAAAGUGAAUUUAUCAUCCUACCAAAUUAGUUCUUGCAUGAACAUGUUGCAAGUAAGGAUUAGCUUACAUUUUCUGUAUGUAUAUUAAAAGAAAAAUGUAUAUUAUCUGGGCAGGGAAAAUUUGGAUAAUGGGUGAUUUCAAGCUUGAUUUUGGUGUUUGUGUUGAGAAUGUGAUUUGGGCUGCCCACCCUAGCACCAAUGUUGAAUGUCAGUUUACAAAAAGUGUACUAAUCAUAUUAUUGAUAACUCAAGAUUUAAUGACUUUUUUUCCAAGCACGAGUGUCACCUCAAGGUUGGUUUUAUGACUGAUGUAAUCCUCAGCCUAAUGCUAACACCAGUGACCAACACUGAACUUGAAACACCAAUGAUGUUGGUCCAAGCACCAACAUUUAAGUUUGGUGCUAUGACUGAUAUAAAUCUCAUGCUAACACCAACGGUCAACGCCAAACUUAACUUGAUUUUCAACCAAUCAACAGCGCGCAUUUUGGACUUGCGAUUGAUUUUUUGGCUUGCGUUUAAAAGUAACUCUUUCUGCAAUGGGCCCCAGAUGCGCUUUACCACAUGAUCAUAAUUAAAGCCUCUUGGCAUGUAAAAAUUGCUUAAGAUGAUACUCGACUCAUUGUGAAGCCGCCCCCAAGGAACAUAAUCAUCAUUAUUAUUUUACCCUCAAUUGACUGAAAUUUGUCUGUAUUUGCCCUACACUCUAUAGGGUACUAAGUAUACUGCCUUUUAAUAGAUUGAUACAUGUAGAUGCAAAAUAUCUAACCAUUUAAUAUUGCUAUGUCUAAUCUUAAGAACCAAAACACCUUAAUCAUAAUGAUUACACUUUAAAAAGCUUGACCCAUUCAAAGUUUUCAAACUUAUUAAAACUUUUGCCAUAUCUUUCUAACUGCUAAGUGUACGAAGAAUUAUCUUCACCCGUUAUAAAAUGAAUAUUCGAGGCUGGAAUUGAAUGCAGAGUUACCAAUGUUUUGGGCAAAAUUAAUAAGUCUGCAUCACAACAUAUCUUUUAGAUCUAUUAUUUCUCUAUCUAUGAUUAAUGGACAUCCUUUUAUAUAAUAGUGAAAUUUUGUGUAUUUUAUUCGUGUAUCUAUUAUGAGUAUAUGUCAAAAAAGACUUAUUCCUCUACAGCCAUAUAUCAUUUCUUCUAUCUAAUUUAUUUUCUGUUUCGUUGAAAUAAUAUUCUCAACUGCAUGUUCCAAUGUAGAUAAGUAUUACACAUGGAAUGUAUGUUUAUGUGGGAUAGUUAUUGAUCUGGGGUGUUUGAUAAAGACAACAUGUAAUGCAGAUUAAGUAAAUGAAUUUUUGUUUUACUCUCUUGAUGGUAGCAUUUCGAAACUUGUUGAUAAGACUUUGUACUUAUACUAGCUUAUUACGAACAUACAGGCAGGUACCGAGUUACUUGUAACAUUGUGUGACCGGUCCAUGUGCUUAUAAUGUUUUUUUUUUUUAAUUAAAAGCUUUAAUGCGCAUGACAUGCAGUUAUGAGUAUGAAGUAGUACACUUUUCUUUUAAAAUCUAGUCUUGUUGAAGACUUUGAUGCCUACACUGCUCGGCGCCGCCGUUUAUCAUCUCAUUGUGUCGGUGUAGGAACGCCCUUAGCAUCACACUUUUGUGCACCCUAUCGGUGCAGAAACACCAUUACGCAAUGCCUUUAUGGGCGCAACUAAGGGCGUUUCUGCAUGCAUGCAAUGUGCGAAAGUAUGGUGCUAUGGGUGUUCCUACAACACGAUGAUCUAGUCUUGUCUGCACACUUUAAUCCAUCUGAACUACUGUCAUGAAGGUCGAGUAUUGUAAAACCUAUGAUUGCAAUUGAUUGCAGAUUAUUUGCUUACUUGUAGAUAUCUAUUUACUAGCUGCAGAUUGCAGUUUUCUCUUGCAUGAAGCAGGCUCAAUUCUUUACAAAUUUGCAAUCAAUUUCAAGAUCGAUUUUAAGUUCCUUGCAAUGCUCUUAAAAAAAAAUUGUCAACUAUUUUGUCUCAGAUUAGUACAGCUUUCAUCUGGCAAGGACCUUUAUCGUUAUUGCAUGCGUUAUUUUGCACCAUGUUUUUAACCUUCAUAUGAUCCAAAUGCACAGAUCAUUCUCAAAAGCCAUAUAUUGUAUAUUUUACAACAUUAAUCUCAAUGUGCAUGAAUAGUUAUUCAUCGUUUUGUAUGAAGUGUACUUUUUUGUCGGGUUCAAUUGACAACAUUGCUAAAUUCGAUUGAAGAGCUGAACAAACGAAUUCUUAUAAAAUAAUACCAUGUUCUAUUUCUGACCGUUAAAACAGGAUUGUUCAGAAUAAUAUGCCUUUGCACACAAGUGGUGUUCUAGCAUUGAAAUGGAGUUUAUUAGAUGGAAUAAUGUAUAUAAACAAUGAUUUUUGUGUGUAAAAUCUUAAACAACAACAAUUUUCAAAAGAAAUUGUAGCUAUAUAAGUUCAUUAUUUGGCCAAAACAGUCCAACAUUCUGUUAAUAUUUCGAGAGGAUUGGUAAUGUAUAAGUAUAAUUCAAAUCAAUUAUCUAUUAUCAGUGUUGAUAGAGAAGCUAAAUAUCCCCUGGAUCCUGUCUUACAAAGAGUUGUGAUUGAUCCAAUCAAUCUCAACUAUGGAAAGCAAGUGACUACAUCAAAUGCAUAUGUUUGUUCAAACAAAGUGGUCAUUGAAUUAUUAUGAACAUAAGUGUGUGAAGCAAUCAAAAUGUCAUCUUUGUUUACAAAGGGGCAGUGAAAAUGAAGAGAAAAGAAUUAUGGCAUCAAUGGCUUUCCAUAGAGAACAUUGAUUGGAUCGUCUGUAAAAUAAUGUCCAGUCACACCCCAAAAUCUGGCUCCAAAUUGACCAGUGGUAUAUCAUUGAAAAUAAUGUAAUAGUUUUGAUCAGCGUGGUAUCAAGUUUGGUUGGCGUGACUGCACACAAUAAUACUCUCAAUCAGUUUAAGAUGGAUGUCGCCCUCUUGAGUCGAACAUAUGUACAAUGUCAUGAUGAUGAAAAGACUGGAUACAUUGUUCAGCUAUGAGAUUUAGUGUACAAAAGUCUAAAAGCUAUCCCUUAUAUAAAUUUAGUGAUCCAAUUUGAGGAGGAUAUAUUAGCAUGUAAAUCGGAUUUGAAGUGUUUCGUCUGUUUUAAAAAUAAAGUGUUAAUUUGUGAUGAAAUUACAAA